AUGAUAGCAAAUAGUGGCAAAAGUAAAAUCCUUAAUGAAGAUUAAUGCAAAAUUCACAAUAAUGCAUAUGAUUGUGUAAGCUUAAAUAAUACAGACAGGAGAUUAACAUUUAAAGCAUGUGCAAUUUGCAAAUAAUAAAGAACAAAGGAAUAGUUUGUCACUUAUAAAGAGAUAUAAAAUAAACUAUAAACUUAAGUCUCAAAUGAUUUAGUAGGAGAAUUCAAAUUAAAAAUGACUCCAUUAUUUAAUGAGACAGAAGAAUUAAGAACAAAAUUACUAUAAUUAGCAGAUGAUAUUCAUGAGAUCUUACUCAAUAGCAUUCAUUCUUUAUUUGUUAAUUGUUUAUUUAAGUAGUUGCCUAAUAAUCUUUUCACAACUGAUGAUAUAUUCGAUUUGGUGAAUCCAAAAACUAUUGAUGACUUCGGUUCUAUAAUUGAUCAAUAGAUUUCAUUUUAAAAAGGAGAUGAAUUAAGUGCAGGUUUAUUGGCUAAAGUGCUGUUUAAUGAUCAAGAAUCAAUGUAAUUUUUAGAUGCUUUAACUGAAACAUCAGGAGUGAAAUAGAAAUUGGAGAAGGUUCAUAGUGAUUUUGCUUAGCAUAAAAAUGAAAUUUCAAAGAGGAUUGAAUAGAUGAGUAAACAAAGCGUAGUAGAGAAACCAAAAGUAGAUUUAAAUGAACCUGUACUCCAAUUCUUAAUUGAAAAGAAUAAGCAAGACCAAGAAUUUUUAGUGGAAACUAUAAAAGGAUUAUAAGGGGAGAAGGACUUUCUAAUUGAACCAAAUCAAGAAGAGAAGUAAGAGCAUCCUUAAGUGAAAUCGAUAAUCUCCAUUAAUUAACAUCUUCUUGCUUAUAGUUCUGAAACAAGGAUAUUUAUAUUUGACAAGACAAAAAACUUUUCAUUUGUUUAAUAGUUAGAUUGUGAAAGUGACAUUUCAGCUUUGCGUUCAGUUACAUUAGAAGAUAAUAAAACCUAUAUAAUUGCAAGUGUUGAAGAAAAUGAAGAAUCAUUUUAAUUAUAAUAUUGGGAUUGGGAAAACUUUGAAAAAUGGAAAGUCAUUAAUGCUCAUGAUAAAUACAUUUGGUAGAUAAUCAAUUUACCUAAAAAUCUAAUAGCAUCAUGUUCAGAAGAUGCAACUAUUAAAAUUUUUGAUGCUUAAAACUAAGAAUAGGUGUAGAAAAUUGAUGUUCAUUAGGCAAGUGUUAAUGACAUAGCUUUAAUAACUCCAGACAUUAUUGUCUCAGUAUCAGAUGAUUGUACCCUAGUAGCUUCUAAUUUUUUUAAUGGAGAUUUAGUAGGAAUAGUUGCUUAGGAUAGUGAAAUUAAAUCAGUAAUUGCCUUAGAUGGAGUUAGAUUUGUUACUGGAAACAGUUCUGGGGAAGUAACAAUCUACACUUUUGUUGAAUCAAUAGAAAUUUAGUAAAUAAUUAAAGUUCAUGAUUCUGUAGUUAGAUUUCUUAGUAGAAUAGACCAAAAGUUAUUUGUAACUUCAUCCUGGGAUGGCACUCACAAAUUCAUUUCUGUAAUUGAUGGAGAAAUCAAAAAAGCUAUUAAUGGUCCAAAAAAGAAUUUCUCUGAACCACUUCUUUGGAUUCACGAUAUUGGUUGUCUAGUAGGCUCAGCAGGUGGAAUUUUACAAAAAUACAAAUGA